GCUCGGUGGUUACUGCUGCGCGGCGUGGUGAGAGCGAGGAGCAGCCCGGCGGCUCUCGGCGAUACCGACAACAAAACCACGGAUAAAACACGACAAAGAGACCCGACAACAACAACACAUCCGCCAUAAUAAUGCCGUGUCGGAAGGAGGACUACAUCUUCCUGGAGCAGUCCGUCACGGUCGGCUCCAAGGAGGUGGACGCGCUGGUCACCAAGAUCGGCGAAGCGCUGCAGCUCCACAACAAUAGCGGCGGGGGGCACCACCACCACCACCAGAAGACCGUGUCCGUGUCCGUGUCCUGCGUGCACGGCGGCCCCGGGGGGGUCAAACCGGCACCCAUGCUCGGCGGCAGCGCGUGCACCCCGUCGCAGAAGCAGAAACACCCCGGGUGCUGCAUGCGGCUCCGGAACCGGGUUCACCGGGGGAGCAGCAGCAGCAGGGCGAGCCCGUACCACAUCCCCGGGGCCGACGGCGACCGGGACUGGGACCAAGCAAUCAAACCGUGGAACAAGAAGAGGAUCCCCGUGGAGGAGGACGACCCGCACCGGCUGCUGCAGGACUUGAUCUUAUCGGGGAACCUGAUUAAAGAGGCCGUGCGGAGGCUGCAGUUCUCCCCCGCAGACUGUGGAGAUUUCCCCAAGACCGGGGACGGUGUGCCGUGCUGAGAUCCAGCCCCCUUUUCCCCUGGACGGACACAACAAAACUAAGACUCUUUAGUAAUUAAAUUUCACAGGACUGUGUUUUUUUUUUUUUUACAGGACUGGUAGCUAGGUUUUUUUUGAAUUUCAUGAAUUUUUCAAUAGUUAGCAGGAAGCCAACCGUCGCUAGCUUCCUUAGCUAGCUCGUUAGCCACCGAGCUAACGAGCCGUGUUGUUUAUGUUUGAAUGUCUCCCUGUGGGCGACACGCUCGAGGGCAGCAGUGGAGCUUUGACCCCGCCACAAACUCAGCCUCUUCUUAAGAAAUGACGUUUAUUUCACCCUCUUCUUUUUUUUUUUUUUGUUGAACGACUGCUGUUGUCAUCCUGUGAUGUGAUGUAAGCACCGCUCACACACGGAGUGGUUUUGUGUCUCCUGUGAUUCCUGAACAAUGUGUUGUGGUGUUUUUUGUUUUUUUGGAUGAAUGGUUGAGUCACAGUGGCAGGAAGUCA